CUUUUUCUUUGCUUCUCUCGUUGCCGUUUCUUUGAAUAUAACACUUCAACCUUUAUAGACUAUAGCCAUGAUCCCCUCGAGCAGCCGCAUAUGUUCACAACAACGUAUACUACUGACGGCUUUAAUAGCCAUCUGCGGCAUAUUUAUAUAUCUAAUGUGGCAUGGAAUGAACUCAGACCGAGACAACGUGCAUCCUAUAAUCACGCAGCUCAUUCCAGCAGGCCAUUGCACAUGCCAGACAUCGACAUCCUUCGAGUGCGCAGACUGCCUCACAUGCCUCGACUCGCAAAAUUCGUCCUCAAACACUGCCUCCCCAAACUGGACGUACGAGUAUGACCGCGACAACAGCAACCUCAGCCUGAACAAAGACCAAUGCAGUCAUUCAUUCCCAGGCCUCUUCCAAGACGUGUACAGGGGCGGCGAAUACUGGAAGCAACGAGGCGGCGUGACCUACGCCGACCUCGAAGCAACGCCUCUGGAAAAAGGCAUGGCUCGCGCCAUCAUACACAACGGGGAAUUAUACGUCGUCGCCGUCCGCGCCGGAGGUGAAGACCACCGGCGCAAAAUCGUCGCCACUCUCUCCGCCAUGUACCGUGCUCUGGCUGCCUCACCGGAUCGCUCCACAACCCCCAACAUUGAGUUCAUUUUCUCCGUGGAGGACCGUGUGGACGAUGUGAAUGCCAAUGGCCAUCCCGUGUGGGUGUUUUCGAGGAAGGCCUCUGAGGAGUCGGUGUGGCUGAUGCCGGAUUUUGGCUUUUGGUCUUGGGGUCACUUGAGCAAUGACAUUGGGCCCUAUACCCAGGCUGUUGAUAAGAUUCGGGCUACCGAGGCCGAGGGGUCGUUUGUGGACAAGGAGAAGAAGCUUGUCUGGCGGGGCAAACUGAGCUUCGCGCCUAAGUUGCGUCGUGCGUUGCUGGAUAUUGCUCGGAAUCAGGUAUGGGGCGAUGUGAAGGAGGUGGAUUGGAGUCGGAAGGCAAAUUUUCUUCCGAUGGAGGAACAUUGCCGGUAUAUGUUUAUCGCACAUGUUGAGGGACGCGCAUAUUCCGCAUCCCUCAAAUACCGCCAGGCCUGCCGUUCAGUCAUCGUUGCCCACAAGCUUCAAUAUAUUGAACAUCACCACUACCUUCUCGUACCAUCAGGGCCGCACCAAAACUACGUGGAAGUCGAAAGAGACUUCUCCGACUUGCCAAAGGCGAUGGACCAUCUCUUGCAGAACCCCGAUAAAGCACGAGAAAUCGCCGACAACAAUGUAAAGACGUUCCGUGAGCGGUAUCUAACCCAGGCUGCUGAGGCAUGUUACUGGAGGGCGCUGUGGGAUGGCUGGGCAGAGGCCACGGCGAAUAUGGAACAGCCUUCGGUCCCUGUCUACCAAAGGGGCUUACGCUACGAGUCUUUCCUGCUGCUGGACAGUAGGGAUAUGCUUCAGUUUUCGUUUGCUCCUGAUCAGUAA